UUUCGAACCGCUGACGGCAGCCAUAUUCCUCCACGAGGUUUCCAAGAUGGCCAAGAAGAAGGACGCCGAAAAGGCUGCUCAAAAUGACGAAAAUAACAAGCAGGAGAAAACAGAGGGUGCUGAGGACGAGGAACCGAAUUUCAGUGAUCCUGAGGAUUAUGUAGACAAUAUUUCAGAUGAAGAUCUUUUGGGAGAUAUUCUGAAAAAUAGGCCUCAAGAAACCGAUGGAGUAGAAUCAGUUAUUGUAGUUGAUGGUAUACCCAUUGUUAGUACUGAGCGCUUUGAAAAACUGCGCAAUGUUGUCAGUAAAUUGUUCUCCAAAGUGGGUGAAAUCGUAAAUGAGUGCUAUCCUAAAACUCCUGAUGGUAACACCAAAGGAUAUGUCUUCAUUGAGUAUGCUAACCCUGGUCAUGCUGCUGAAGCUGUGACCUUGCUUAACAACCACAAGCUUGAUAGGCUUCACACAUUUUCUGUGAAUCUAUUCACAGACUUUAGAAAGUAUGAGGAGAUUCCUGAUGAAUGGGAGCCACCUGCACCCCAGCCCUACACUGACAUGGGCAACCUCCACUAUUACUUGUUGGAGCCUGAUGCAUAUGAUCAGUACAGUACUGUCAUGAACAGGGGUGGCACAGUUCAAAUUUGGCUUAACUCUGCCCCAGAGCCAAUAAAGUUGGUAGAAAAAGAGAGAUGGACAGAAACCUAUGUCAAGUGGUCACCAAUGGGAACCUACUUUACCACCAUUCAUCUUGCUGGUGUUUGCUUGUGGGGCGGACCAGACUUUGUCAGGAAAAUGAAGUUUGCUCACCCAGGGGUUCAGUUCAUUGACUUCUCGCCCAGCGAAAAGUACAUUGUAACUUACUCUCCUACAUUUGAUGGUCCUGGUGAACCCAAGAACCUCAUCAUUUGGGAUAUCCGAACUGGCCAGGAGAAGAGAUCAUUCUUCUUGAACUGCCAGAUGAUGUGGCCUUUCAUUCGAUGGUCUCAUGAUGACAAGUACUUUGCCAGAAGUGAUGAAGAUAUGUUGAGUGUAUAUGAAACACCUUCAUUUGGUUUGCUGAACAAGAAAAGUUUUAAGAUCCCUGGCAUUAGAGAUUUUAGUUGGUCUCCAGCUGACAACAUCCUUGCAUAUUGGAUGGCAGAGGACAAGGAUGUACCUGCUAGGGUGACACUUAUUGAAAUCCCAAGCCGCAGUGAAAUCCGGUCCAAAAACUUGUUCAAUGUAGCUGAUUGCCGUAUGCAUUGGCAGAAAUCUGGGGAUUAUCUGUGUGUGAAGGUAGACCGAUACAGCAAAAUCAGGAAGGACAAGAAUGAAAUCAAAUACAGCGGGAUGUACUUCAAUUUUGAAAUAUUCCACAUGCAAGAGAAGCAGAUUCCAGUUGACAGUGUGGAAGUGAAGGAAUCAAUUCAUGCAUUUGCAUGGGAGCCUGUUGGGUCCAAAUUUGCCAUUAUUCAUGGUGAUCAGCCGAAUAUCUGUGUUUCAUUCUAUGGUGUUAAGACCGGACAGACACCAGCUCUUCUCAAAAAACUGGAGAAGAAGUGUUGCAACCAUUUGUUCUGGUCUCCUACUGGACAGUACAUUGUCUUGGCUGACUUGCGUUCAUCCAGUGGUGUUCUGGAGUUUGUGGACACUGCUGACUUCAAUGUCAUGGCACAACAAGAGCACUUCCAGGCUUCUGAUGUUGAAUGGGACCCGACUGGCCGUUAUGUUGUGACUGUUUGCUCCUUCUGGAAGGCCAAGGUUGACACUGGAUACUCAGUAUGGUCAUUCCAGGGCAAGAUUCUAAAACGCUUCAAUUCAGGAGCCUUCUGUCAGUUACUUUGGCGUCCGCGACCUGCAUCCCUCCUAUCCAUCAAGGAACAGAAGGAGAUCAAAAAGAAUUUGAAGAAGUACUCUGCUCAAUUUGAGAGCAAAGAUCGAAUGCGUUCAUCUCGUGCCUCAAAGGAACUUGUGGAGAAGAGGCGAACUCUGAUGAAUGAGUUCAAUGCAUACCGCGAUAAGUGCAGAGAGAAAUGGCAAGAACAGAAACCAAGGCGUCUCCAACUGAGAAAUAAUGUUGAUACUGAUGAAAUUGAAACCGACACCAAGAAUGUGGAUGAGGAAGUCAUUGAAUUUUUCAUAAAGGAGGAAACAACUAUUAUCGACUAAGUCAUUCUUCAAAGGCCAUUCUGGAAACCAUCAAGUGGAGAUUUGCUUUUGUUGUGAAGUGAAGUAUUCUCUGAAGUCUGAGGGUAUUUUGUAACUUCUUCAGUGUAAUUAGUAUGAACUCCUUUUUUUACCUCUGAUUGAAAAUGACGUGGUUUAGUCUGAGGAAGGCCGAGCCACUCACCUGCUACUGCGGUUCCCAUUUUUUGGUGUAUCUUGGUAGAUUGUAUCAUGUCCCAUACAGAUUAUCAUGCUCAUUACUCUAUCUAUGUAAUAAUAUUAUCUUUUGAUUUAUUCUCAACACUCGGAAUUUUCACUGUUAAGUUCAUGUUUCAUUUCAAAGUGUUUCAUGAAUGUUAAUAAAUGCAUAUGACCAUUACUUUUA